GUCAUUGGGCCUUAUCCAGGAAGUGUAAAACAUCAACAAUCCUCCAGGUUGAGUGUCGGAGCAGCUAGCAGCGCGGCAGCGGGAGCCCAGCUCGGUUUAUCUGUUCAAUAAUAGCCUUUUUGUAGUAUACUAAACAUGUCGUUGCUCACUAAGAUCUUCGGAGGGGGAGGAAAAGGGGGAAAGGGACCGAGUCCGCAGGAGGCGAUCCAGAAGCUCCGAGAGACGGAGGAGAUGCUAACGAAGAAACAGGAAUUUCUAGAGAAAAAGAUCGAGCAGGAGCUGCAGAUCGCCAAGAAGAACGGCACGAAAAACAAACGAGCGGCGCUGCAAGCUUUGAAAAGAAAGAAGCGGUACGAGAAGCAGCUCGCCCAGAUCGAUGGCACGCUGUCGACCAUCGAGUUCCAGAGGGAAGCUCUGGAGAACGCCAACACCAACACGGAAGUGCUCAAGAACAUGGGCUUUGCUGCCAAGGCCAUGAAGUCCGCUCAUGAAAACAUGGACAUCGAUAAGGUGGACGACCUGAUGCAGGACAUUACGGAGCAGCAGGAGCUGGCUCAGGAGAUCUCUGACGCCAUUUCCAAACCUGUUGGCUUUGGAGAGGAGUUCGAUGAGGACGAGCUGCUGGCGGAGCUGGAUGAGCUGGAGCAGGAGGAGCUGGACAAAAACCUGCUGGAGAUCGGGGGACCGGAGAACGUCCCACUGCCCAACGUGCCUUCGACUUCAUUACCUUCCAGACCUGCCAAGAAAGAGGAGGAUGAAGACGACAUCGAGGACCUGCAGCGCUGGGCGAUGGAAGCCAUGUAGACGCCGCCUCCACCUCAUCACGGCUGCAUCACCGAGGGAGGAGGAAGGAGCAGGAGGAAGCUAACGGACUGAUGGGAUCUCGUGUUGGAGUGGUUUUGUGUGUGUGAGGAGAGGUGACUGUCUUUACAACAAAUGCUGUAGUUUUUGUUUAAUUUCUUUAUUUUUUCCCAUCUCCUUAAAAAUCCCGAUCCCUCCGGUGCUCCCUCGCUCUGCAUUGGCAAAGUCACCGAGUUAUUUUUUCCCCUUGAUUUCACUGCGAAUUAGCACUUCAUGAUCCUUUUCCCGAGCUGGAUUGUUUCAUGUCCUCAGAGGUCAGAGGUCAUACAGCGGUGUGACGGUAUGAGCUCCGUGAGGCCAUUGUGAAGUUGAUGUUAAAAUCAACCGAAAAAUUUCAAUGAAGCUUAAUUUCCGACUGGCGUAUUUACCCAUAUGUGUGGCGUUAUAACUCCAUCGAUUUGCUUUGGUUCUUUCCUUUCUGACAAGAAAGCAUCGGCAGUUAUCUCCUUCUGUUUGGUUACCUUCUCUGGAAUGAGAAGCUGCGGCUUCGACCCAAACCUCCCCUCCUUCUCCUCUUCCUUCUUCUUCUUCUCCUCCGCCCUGCCCUUGCUCUUUCAGCAAGGCGUUCUCACCCGUGGUUCUUGUUAUUCGGUGUAAAUAUCCCAAACGUGUCUCUUUUUGUAUACUGUAUUUCUGCCGUCGCCGAGAGGCUCAGUCGAGGUGGUGUGAAGCAUGCGCCAAUGAGAAUUCACGAUACAGAUCGCACUACACGGCUAGAGGGAGAGAUGUUUAACCUAACACUUUCAUCUUGCUCUGUCUGUCUUGGUCCUUCUCAUAAAGGUUUUUGUUUCAAAUUGUAUGAUGUUGGAAAAAAAAAAUUUAAACUAUUGUCACAACUUAUUAACUGCAUCCACAGGAAGAUGGUGGUUUAUAAAAGAUUAGAUUAUAGUCAAUCUACAACAUUGGAAUUGAAAGAAGUAAUUAUUUUAGUUUUUCAAACUCAUGAUGUACAUUUUUUACAUAGGGGGAAAAAAAUAACACAAGGACAGAUGGACAAGCAUGUUUGCAUUUCUAUGUUUUAUUUAUCCAGAUGAGAAUAUUAUUUGCAAAAUCAUUAAAGGUUUUCAAUUCUU